CCAGAUCUGGCGGAAGCUCAGACGAACAUUUCUGCCCAUUCCUCACACGCCGCUGCACUAUUGAACCGCAGAAAAGUGAUCACUUGUGUGGAGGGAUCAAGAGGCAGACUGGACCAUGGAUAUGGUGGUAAAAGAAGGAUGUUUGUUUUUACAGGGUGUCAAAUUUGGAAAGAGAGUCUGGCGGAAGACCUGGGUGGUCCUGUUCGAGUCCAGUGCAUUUGGCAUCGGCCGGCUCGAGAUGUACGACGUGCGGGAUGAGAGGGGCAUACUGGCGGGUGGCAUGAAGGCCAUGCGGAAGGGGGAGAAGCGGGUGAUCCAGCUGGCCGACUGCCUCAGCAUCACUCCGGCUCCGGGUGAGAGCUGCCCCGCUGAAUACGUCGCCUUCUACCUGAACACGGCCCAGCGCACCUACACGCUGGCGGGACCCGUGCGGGAUGAGUGGGUUCCCAAACUCUGCCACAUGGCCUUUCAGCAGACCAAGGGACGCAGCGAGACAGGCCAUGCACGGCAGAGGGAUGGUGUCGCCACGGCGACGUCCAUAGCUCAUAACGAUGUCUACUCCACCUGGAACCCAGGCCACUACCGCGUGAUGGUGGAGGGUUCCAAGCUGGCGACGCAGUGCCGCUUGUCUGGAACGUACCUGCUGUCCCCGGAGAAAGAGGCCCUGUGUCUGCUGGACAUCAGGACAGGGCAGACUGUGUACUCCUGGCCUUACUGCUUCCUCCGGAGGUUUGGCCAGGUCAAGAAAGGGGUGACGAUCGAAGCGGGUCGACGCUGUCAAACGGGGGAAGGUCACUUCACCUUCCUGUCCAAUCAGGGGCCACAGAUCUACAGAGCCAUUGAAGAGGCCAUCAUGCACCAGAGUGUACAGGACCUGCUGUCCAAAGCCACUGCUUCGCUGCAACAGAGCACCACCAGGCAGCUCCCACCAACACCCAGACCUGAUGACCAAAGGAUCGAUAACAGCACCCCAAAGUGCAGUGUGCAGGAGAGGCCUCUACCAGUGGUUUCACGGAAAAACCUCACCCUUCCGCCUCCUCCCACCUUUGCCAAACCCGCCGUGCCGAGACUCGGACCAGACUUGAGCAGUCCCCCGACCAGCCCCAAAGAAAGCCUGUAUGCCACCAUAAAACCUCACCCCAAGCCGAGGAACAGACCCGCCCCUCCGAAAGUCUUCCCGUUGCCUGCUGUGUCCACCCCCAGCCCUGUCUACAGCACUGUCCACAGCCCCUUCCAAACCGGGCAGAGGAGGGAGCAGAUGAGGGAGGCAAUGAAUUCGGACGCAUCCGCUAGCAACGAGGACCCCGACUUGCUGUACUGUAACUGGAGGAAGGAGACUGAGGCCAGCCAGGACAGCAGAGAGUGCAUGUACAGCACGGUGGUGUGUGCGCCUGGGCCCAGGAACAAGUGCAGACCAGACACCAGCACCAGGCAGGCUAAAGACAACCAGCAGCCUUCUGUUAGAUCCUUCCCAGUUCCGGUCAACUUUAAACAAACACCCUCCAGUAUCCUCCUCGAAGACCUAGCCAGGACCCCACCACCUCUCCCCCCCAGGGCAUAUGGAGGGAGCUCUGGAUGCAUAGAUGACCGAUUUGGAUUACGGUGAGACUCUGGGUUCAGAAAUGAACUGAGCUGCCCCUUUUAUACAAGGCUUUUUGUUAAAUGAACCCUGCAGUGAUACUGUGAGAGGCUGUGAAAGGUGCAAAACGCAUUGAGUUUAAAACUGGGAGAAAAAAAAAACAGGAAAAAUUGAAGAUGGUCAUAUCGCUUUGAAUGGUAUUAUGCACUUUUUUUCACUUUCCAACUCCAACUCAUCGCUGCAAUAUCUUUACAAAAGAGAGCCACUUCAAAAUUGAAUAUGGAUUAUUUAAAUGUCUUAUAAAGUGAUGCUAAUCUGAUGAUACUUUUGGGAAAUUAUCUUGCCCCUAGUUCAGAUCUAGACAGUUUUAAUGUUAUACUUUCUUCAUCUGUGAAUAUCCGUAAAAGGUAUUACGCUCAGUAAAUACAUAUAUUUAUCUUACGUUUAGUGCAAUUGGGUCAUACAGGUUAAUAUAUACAAUGACAAUGGUGUUUAUAUUUACUGAAACAUAGAAACCAGCAAAUGCUUUAUGACUAUUAAAUUAAAGUUUUUAUUAAACAAUUCCGAAUGAAUAAAAAACAAUUAGAUACAUAAAUAGCAGUUGAUUAAUUUGCGGUGGAGUUAUACGGUGAUGUAAAAUCAAAACGCAGGCUACGCUCGGUAAGUAAAGUGCAGCUCUAAGACUGGUAUAGACAUAAAAACGCAACGCAUAUAGUGACAUUCUGUGUCGCUGGUUUCGUCAUUAUUUUUUUUUCUCCCAAUAGGCUACUAAACGUCUACUGCAUCUAUUUGGUCCCUUUAAUGUCUACUAAAACACAGACAGAUAGAUCAUAUUUGAUGCGCGCCCCUAUGCCA